GGGGCCCGCUCCCGUCGCAGGGGAGUCGUCCCUGACUGCCUAGCAUCAUGACCAUCCGAUCUGGAAUCCGACAUGAUAUUUCCAAGGGGUGAAACAACCGGAGAUGAGUGGGUCUUUCGAGUGAUGGCAACCGGCUGGUAAGGACUAGGAUACUAGACGUCAAUAGGAAUGCGGCUCCAAAAGGAGCUAAACAAUUGAACAGCGCCGUAUCAUAAAAUCUCGGAUCCAGACGCAAGAGAAGUGGGUAUCAUUCCAGAGGCAAGUAGCAAUUGAUUAAGCUCAAUAACGGACGCCGGAGAGGAAUGCGCGAGUAUUAUAUCCCAUGUGUUCUAGCUACACUAAGAACUGUCGCUUCGGAUUAAACAGACGAAUGCGCGGAAAUGGCCGUGGGAGUAAGGAACGUCCACAUCGAUUCAAAAGCGUUCCGGGGGAGGAGAAGCACGAGAAAAGACGGGAAACAGGCGACUAGUGAGGCGAAAAAGGAGGGAAGGACAACGGUGGAAUAUGAAGGUUGACAAGAUUGCCAGCACCUGAGAGCCACACCACGUAGUAACGUCGUAUCAGGAGCACAUCCGGAGGUGACAAUUAUCGAAGCACGACCCAAUGGUGGGACCAAUCCCGGCAAAUGUAAACGGAUUAAAAGCACUGCCAGUGCUAGAAGGGUUUAUCAGCGACGAGGUAUUACCCCAAAGCCAGCGAAUGGACAGAUGUCUUGCGUUGAGGGGAAUUGGGGGGGAAACCAACAACCCAGCGACCGAAUCUCACUUGUGUCGGCGGAAGGAGCACAGAGCCAAUGGAGGUAAAUUACGGAAUGAAGCGAAGACAAAGAGGGUAAAGGGCAAGAGAAAGUCUAGUGGAGGAGAAAUGGGAGAAUGAAUGGGGAAGGGGGAGAGAUUAGGAAUCAAGCAGAACAACGACACAUCAUGAUGUUGGGUGGAUAGAAUGAUUGAUAGAGGAGAG